AUGAAAAGCUAUUAUGUUCAAGAAUUUUUGAAUGCCAAAGAAACAUGGAGGAAAUCUUUUAAAAUAUCUGUUGUGAUUUUGUUGAUUGAGAAUAUUCAAAUGUUAUCAAUAUAUACAUAUAAACUAAAUGAGUUUGAAUAUGAUUAGUUUUUAAACCAUAUAAGAAAUUUCAUAGAUUACUUUAGGUUAAGUUAUUUUAUAUAUAUUAGAUUUUACACAAUAAUUGGAAAUUCAAUCAACCUUAGAAUAAUAUUUGUUAUUCUUGGAUUUCUAUUGUAAAGCCUAUUCAUUUUACUACUGCUAUGUUAGAUUUUCAAAUUGAAAGUGGUUAUGAUGAAAAAUUAAGGCCUUUAAUUUUUGGCAAUUGAAUAAGUAAAACUAAAAAUAACUAAAUUAGAAUCUUGAAACAAAAGUUGAAUAGAAUCAUCUAAUAAAUAUUAUUUUGUCUUUCUUUUUUUAGAUUCAUCAUGGAAUUUUGUAAAUCCCAUUACUAUUUUGUGGAUUCAGUUUAGUUACUGAAUUAUUCAAUUUUUGUAUUAAUUAAAAAUAUUUAGAAAACUAUUAUUAUUUUGAAUUAAUAGGGUUCAUUUUUGGGAUAAUGACUAUUGGUUAACAAAUAACAAUAGGAUUAUUUAUAAAUUUGCAUUAAUUUGAUCAUAGAAUGAAGAAUUUUGAUUAUUUAGGAAAAUUUUAAUCAUAAAAAUUGCAUUUACUUUAUGCAUUUUAAUUAAUGUAUAUUUAUAUAAUAAUUAGUAAUUUAGAGUUUUAUUUAUAUCUGGUAUUUAAGCAUCAAUUUUACUUGUUUAAUUGUUUGGAAUAAUAAAAUCAGUAAUUCAAAUACUUUGUGACUACAAUUAAUAAAUUUAUAUUGAUUAUAGGAUUUCAAGAUUAAAUUUAAGAAUUGUUGUUUUUACAAUAAUUUAUUAAUUGGUAUUGAUAAUAUGUCAAUAUGGUUAACCAACCUUAAAGAUAAGCAUAGUUUUAUUAAUAUUAUUAUGUUAUCCUCCAUUAAUAUUUUUGACAAAUGAAAUAUUAAAUAGAUAAGAUAUAAAAAAUACUAAUUAUUAGACUAGAAAUUUAGAGAAAUACAUAAGAAGAUUGUACAUUAUAUUUAAACAAUAAGUGGAAUUGAAAAAACAAUAAAGACUACUUGAUCCAAAAUAAUCUUUAGAAAUUUACACAUUUAUAUCAAGUCAUUUGAGAGAAUGUUAAAUGUAAAGAGAAAGAAAGAUGUUAAAAAAUAUCAAACUUAAAUAUAAGUGUUUUUGUUAAGAUUUCUUUACUUAAAUGGAUUCCUUUUAAAAUUUAGAGUCAAUGAAAUAAUUUGCUAAAGGUUUAAUUGGAUAAACACUUGAAGAUGAGAUUAUUGAAAAACCAAAUACUAAUUUAAUUUUAAUUUAUAUAUACUUUUUAGUUUAAAUUAAGAAAGUGCCAACUUAAGCAAUUUAUGAAGUUAUUAGAUUUUCAAUGAUUGAAAAAGUAUAUAUUUAAUUUAUAAAAAUUAUUAGGAAUAACCUUUAAAAUAAUACGCUAUUAUAAAUAAAUUAAAAUAGGAUGCUUUAUAAAAAUUUAGUGAUCUAGUUAAAAAAAAUGAUUUAGUAAAUUAAAAGUUUGUUUUUAAGAAAGUUUACCAAUAUGAAGAAUCAUUGAAUGUUUUAAAAUCGAAUUUAUGUUUAGUUGUAAAGUAAGAAAAGGUAUAUCAUUUAAAUAUAGAAGGACUUUUAUGGUUGUAUUCUUACAUAAAUUAUUGAUAUGGAUAUGCUUUUAGAUAUAGGAUUUAAAUUAAUAAAAAAUAUUAAAAUCCUUGAGAAUUAAUUUUAAUUAUUAUUUAAAACAAAUCCUUAAAAUAAUGAAUGUGAUACAAUUUUUAACAUUUUUCAUAAAUAUGUCAAUUAUAAUAAAAUAAGACCAAAAUUAUAUAGAAGAGAAGGUUAAAUAAUGAUGCAAUUUUUAUAAUCAGCAGAAAAGAUAAUUUAUGAUCCAGGAAGUUGUGUGAUAUAAAUUACUUUAUUAUAACCAAGAGGAAAUGUAAUUAGAUACACUAGAUCAUUUUAAAAAGCAAUAGGAUUUUAAGAUGAAGAGAUAUAAAAUCAAAAUAUAAAUAGAUUUAUGCCUUAAAUAAUAGCAAAUGAUCAUGAUUUAUAUUUGGAUAAUUUUGUUGAGAGAGGAAGAAUAAAUGUAGUUAGAAGUGCUGUAAGAGUAAUAUUAGGAAAGACUAAAUCUUAAUUUGUAGUUCCUAUAAAUACUAGAUUAAGAAUAGAGGCAAGUCCAACUGAAUUUGGAGCUACUGCUCUAAUUACACCUGUAAAUUUAACAUAUGGAUAUAUGAUGUUAAAUGAAUAAGGAUAAAUUGAAGAAUUAACAUAGAAUUUAUUUGAGAAUGUUUUUGAGAAACAUUUGGGAUUAGAACUUAAUUAACUAAAAGGAUUAGAUUGUUUAUUUUUUAUUCCUGAAUUAGCAAAAAUAUGGGAUAAUUUAUUUGAUGAUCAUUUUGAUAAAUUAGACAAAAGAUUUGAUUGUUAAUUAAUUCUUCCAUUGAUUACUAAAUAAAUGAGUAAGAGUCUUAUACGUUCAAGAUCUAAUAUAUUUUCUAGAACAAAUAUUCAAUAAAAUAUAGCUAAAUAAUUUGACAGUCUACCUCAUGAUAAUGUUGUUUAUUAAGUUUCUAUACAUUUAAUGAGUUUAAUAACUAUAAAUCUUAGGUAAAUUAUAUAAUUAAUAUAUUUAGAUUAGUAAUUGUUGAAAUACCUGAAUAUAGACAAUUAAUGAAUUAAAAGAUAUCUAGUAGAUAAUUAGUUUUAUUAAGAAAUAGAUCAUCAUAAUUAAUUAAUUUAUCUUCAUAAAAUGAAAUACCAACUUAAAAAACAGAUCUUGUAUUAUCAUCUUUGAAUUCUCCUCCUGGAGGUAUUCUAAAUGAAUGUGAUUUAGAAUAUGAAAAUUUAAUAGAAGAUAUUAAAAUGAUAGAAGAUUUAAGAAAUUAAUUAGCAACUGUUAAUAUUAAUAGUACAACUCAAAAUAAUCAAAAAGAUCCAUUUUUAUUAUAAAAUAGUGAUAAUUAACUUGAAGGUAGAAUAAUUGAAUUUUAAAAUGAUCCUUCAGAAAAGAGUAAUGAUUUUAGUGAAGCAGAAUCUGAUUUUAAAGAUCAUGCAUAAGAUCAAAAUAUAUAAUAUAAUAAUGGUUCAGUAGGAAGUCGAUCAUCUUAAAAUAAUACAACAGCACUUAAAAGGUAAAUUAAAGAUUGUUUAUCUGAUUCAAAGGGAUUAAGUUUAAGAACAAAAUUGUUUCUAUUAUUAAUUUAUGUAUUAAUAUUAUCAGGAUUUUUGAUUAAUUUUCUGAUAUUGUAUUUUAAUUUUGAGAAGAUUCAUGAAAAUUAAAAUUAUGAAAAUUUACCAUUUUAAUUUUCAUAUUAUUAUAAUGAAUUCAUUAUUGAUUAAUCAUAUUUAGAUGAAGAUUAAUUUAAUUUUAAUGAAUUAAGUAAAAUAGCAUUUCAAUAUUUCCUAAUUAAUAUAAAAAAUAUUGAUAAAACUAUUGCUUUAUUACCACAUAUUAAUAUAGUCAGUAAUCUAACUAUGGAAAGUAGAAUAUUAAAUAUUAUGUCACAAUUAACUAAAGUUUUAAAUAUGAAUGAUUCAAUAAAUUAUAAUGAAUAUUAUAAUAAUACUGAUGCAUUCAAUAUUUAGAUUACUGAAAUUGAGAAUACUGAUUCAACAAAACACUUACUUAGUUUAUCAAUUUUGUAAUUUAUUUAUUAUUAAAUCUUAGUGUAAUUGUAGAAUAGAUAAUCUUAUUAAUUUUACUUGGAUAAUAUAUUUAUUUAUGUUUUCAAAUAAUAUAAAUGAAAUAAAAAAUUUACAAAUUAUUUUGUACUUUUUCUAAAGAAGUUAUUUAAGAAUAAUUUGUUUAAUUCAGUUCCUUAUAUACUUAAUUAAAUAACACUAGAUUUAGAAAUCAUGAAACAGAUGAAGAAUAAUUUGAAACUACAAUGAUGCGUUAAUAUUAAAAAACAGUAACAUCUAAUAUGUUAGAUAAACAUAAUAGAGUUGGUAAAUAAAUUUCAUUAAAAUGUAUGUUAUUUAUAUUAUUAUUAUAGAAACUAAUUCAGCAUAAAUCUUUUUCUUCUUAUUCAUAUUUAUAUAUGCCUUUAUAUGUUCAUGUUAUUUUGUUGGAAGUUUUAUCUUAUAAUAAAUUACAUAAUAAAAUGUAUCUGCAAGAUAUCAAGAAAAGACAUCCUUUUCAAUAACCUUUAAUUCUUUAGUAUCUACUUAUGCUUAAUAAACAAUCCUCUUAAAUAAUAUAAUUGCAUCUGACAUGAUUGAGUAUUAUGAUGUUGCUGUAAAAUAAUUAGGAUCAUUAACUACUAAUCUCUCUUUAUACUAAGAAGAUCAAAACUAUUAAGUUUAUGAAAUUUUAGUUGAAAAUUUAUGUGGGUUAUUUUUGAGUGAUUUGUAAAAAUAUUAAAUUAGUGUAGGUCUUAUAGUUAUGAAGAUUUUUAGAAUCUUUUUACUCUUUAAUAGUGUUAAUCUAUUUCUAUUCUUGGAAAAGGAUUAAGUUCAGUUGUUUAAGAUUUAUAUUCACAUUAAUUUGAUUUCCUAUAAGCAAUUUCUAUAAGUGGAUUAAAUGCAACCUUGAAAGAAUCAUAUAGAGAUUCAUAAAUUUAAAUUUAAAGAUUAUAUGCAUAAUAUGGAUUUUAAGUAAUUAUUGAAUUGCUUACAAAUUAAAUCAAAUCUUUGAUAGAUUCUACAUUUUUAAUUAAUACAGUAAUGUUUGGUUUUGCUUGUAUAAUAAUGAGUAUAUCAUUAAUUGCAACUAAGAUAUCAAUUGAAAAAGUUAAAUUAUAAUAUUAAGAAAGUAAGCAACUAUUAACAUUAUUUCCAUUUGAUAGAUUAAUGGAGAAUGCUUAUGUAAUUAGUUUUAUUACUCAUGAUUUGCAUUUUUCAGUCUGA